GUUUUUCUUUUUUCUAUAUAUACCCCCCAAUUUCUCAACUUUUCGAACUCUCUAGGCAUCUUUUCUUUCUAUCAACGAGUCAAAGCCCCUUCUUCUUUAACUUCAAAUCUUCCCAAUUCUUCUCUUUGCCGUUUCAUCAGGUUUUAAGAUUCUUCGAGGAAGUUGGUGGAGGGGUGAUUUGAGCUUGAGAUAGGAGAUUUGGCUAGCUAUUUGGUUGUUAUAUAUAAGAUGCACUUCUGGUCUUCAUCAUACCAAAAUGCAGAAAUUUGUUUGUCUUUUACAUCUGAAUGGAUGCCAAGAAGUUCAUGCAGUUGGUUGAGGAGAAAAAGAAGAGAGCUCUUGAUAAGAAAGAAGCCCGCUUGAAAUGGGAGCAAAAACUUGAAGCUGCAGCAGAAGCAAAGUCUGAUGCUGAAGCUAGAGAUAAAGCCAAGGUAGCUAAGCAUAAAAGGAAAUUAAGCUCGGGUUCUGAUAUUGCCAGUGACAAUGACAGUGGAUAUCAAGGAAAAAAGUCCACCAAAAAGCACCACAAGAAGCAUAGGAAGCACCAUAGCUCUGAGUCGGGUGAUUCGGAUAGGAAGGAUAAGAAAUCCAAGCGAAGGCCUAAGAGAAGAUCCUCUCAUUCCAGUGACGAUAGCAGUGAGGAAUAUGAUGGUGAUUCAGAAGAAGAGAGAAGAAGAAAGAAGCGGAGCCACAAGAAGCGUAGGCAACAUGGUAGACACUCAGAUAAUAGUUCCUCAGACUCUUCAGAUGAUGAAGAUGUAAGAAGAAGACGCCAUUCAAAGCAUCACAAACGUCAUCGAAGAUCACACUCAGAUGGUUCAGAGUCUUCCAGUGAUGAUGACCAUGCUGCAGCUAGGAAACGAAGCCACACGAAGCAUCAUAAACGGCACGGAAGGUUAGACUCAGAUGCUUCUGUCUCUUCUAGUGAUGAAGCAAAACUGAACCGCAGUAAUCACGGAAAACAUAGGAAGCAUCAUCAUAGAUCCCAUAGUCAUGAUUCAAGAUCUUCGGAUUCUGAAGAUUUUAGGCGUGAUAGAAGUAGAUCCCUAGGUAGAUCUUCUGAUGAGAAUGAGGAAUUAGAUAGAAAAGAAAAGCACAAGAAGAAUCAUCAUCGACAUGGUCAUCACCGUCCUCACCAUUCUAACCAUAAGCAUCGCCGCUCUGAUGAAGUGUUGAAGGACAAUCAUCAUCAACCUCAUGAAGAAAAAGAAAGAAAUGGUGAGCCAGUGGAACCUGCUUCUGAGGUGCGGACGGAAAGUGAUGCCAAUGGUGAUGCUCAUGGGAUUCAAAAUGCUUAGAAUGUUAAGACCGCCCCAAUUCAUGUUUUUGUUUUAACUUUCUGUGGAGACCAUUAAUUGCCAUUGCUAAUUACUUGUGGUGUAAUUUGUUUUGGUUGGAGGUCUAAAACCCUGACUUCAUUAAUACUGUUCAAUUUUUCUUCAGGCUAGCACAUAAUGAUUCUGCUGUUAUUUAACAGAGUGACACUGUGUGGCGAAAAUAUUUUCGUUACGUUCAGUGGCACUUGCAUGGAAUUAUCAGUUUUGCUGUGA